CAUCAUUACACAGAGAUGUAAAUCUGAGACCAGGUCUAUCUGUGGUCAGUUGUAAUCCAGCUCCUCUCCUGGAAACCACCAAGGACAUUUGUCAGCACUCAGAAAAAGUGGACCUGAGCAACUGAGCCUCUCAGCAUCUCUUACUCCAGCCUCCAAAAUGGAAGAAAAUGUCAACACCAGCUUUGAAGAAGAUUUUGAAGGACAGGCGACACACACAGGGCCCAAAGGUGUGAUCAAUGACUGGAGGAAGUUUAAAUUAGAAAGUGAAGACAGAGACUCUUUAUCCUUGAGCAAGAAAGAAAUUCUUAGACAAAUGUCUUCACCACACAGAUCUUUCAGUAAAGAUGAUAAAGACAGCAGAGAGAGAUUCUGCCGUAAGAUGAGCAUGCAGGAGUAUGAAUUAAUUCAGGAUGAGCAAGAAGAUGAAAGUUGCCUACAAAAAUAUCGCAAACGCUGCAUGCAGGAUAUGCAUCAGAGGCUGAGUUUUGGGCCAAAGUAUGGUUACCUGUGUGAGCUGCAGAAUGGGGAACAGUUCCUGGAAACCAUUGAGAAAGAAUGGAAAACUACCACUGUCAUUGUCCACAUUUACGAAGAUGGCAUCAAGGGCUGCGAUGCGCUCAACAACAGCUUGACCUGCCUGGCGGCUGAGUAUGCCACCGUCAAGUUCUGCAAGAUCAAGGCCUCCGACACAGGGGCUGGAGACCGCUUCUCAAAUGAAGUGCUUCCCACUCUACUUGUAUAUAAGGGUGGGGAGCUUCUGAGCAAUUUCAUUAGCAUUUCUGAACAAUUCAAUGAGGAGUUUUUUGCUGUGGAUGUGGAGUCUUUCCUAAAUGAGUAUGGGCUGCUACCUGAAAGGGAGCUUCCAGCACUGGAAAAUGGCAACAUGGAUGAGCAAGAUGUUGAAUAAUUAGAGAGCCAUAGUCUUCACUGCCUCCCUUUCCUCCUCAGUAUGUUGUAAAUUAAUCUCAGUAACACCCAUCUCAUUUAGAGAAGUCUUUGCUAACUUAUUUGUAAGAUACACUCCAUAUAAAAAUUGCUUAAAUGUUAGUAUGGGAAUCUUACUUAAAACACAUUCAACUGGUAGUCCUAUACAUAAUUAUUUCUAUGCCAGCCACAAGUAAUAGGAAGCAUAGGAGAUGAAACUGGUUAUCUGUAAGAAAUUAAGG